AUGUCUGUAUUCUACUCGACUGUCUCCCAAUCACUGAGCAAUGCACCCAUAGCAUAUGCAGCUACUCCCCUAAACAGUUCUACUGCCGUCGAAUCCACAAACCUAUGUCCUGGGAAACGAGCAAGAGAACUAGAACAAGGGGAGACAGAAAGACAUUACGCUGGAAUUACUCACGCUAGGGAUAUAGUAACUGAAAGUACCAGCAUAGCAGCAGACGGGAGAGAAUUCAAGAGACUAAGACGUGCCUUCGAGAGGGACAGUUUGAGUCCGUACGACAAUAUCAAUACUAUUCUCCAUCUUGCUCACCUUGCACGGCAUUCGCAUGUUGUUAAUGAGCUAGAAGGAGAUUUAGGUGAGAUGGAGAUUGAUGAAUCACCUGUCGGAGUAAGAUUGAUGGAAACUCCAAGAGAAAUUGCAGACAACCACUGCAACUAUGCACGGAUCAAUGCUGUCUUACGAGAAGCAUUUUUAAGGAGAAGGAAUAGCAACUCUGAUUGA